GGCAAUCGCAACUCUUCACUAUGGAGCCAUGGAAUCAACUCGUACCAUUUCCGAGCUGAAAUCGUCCUUUAUCAGGACGCAAGUGCGAAUACUAUCGGAAAGCCUUGAGCCACCCGAGGAUUGGCGAAAUUACGCCGCGGAGACUGAGGAGGAUGAUCUCAGCGAUAAGGUGGUCGGCGAUGUCUUACAGAAAUUAAAUGCGGCGUUGAAACAACACAGUCGCAUUGUCUACGCCUCCCAGGCAGUUCAGCAUGUUGCACAGCAAACCACUAGCUUAUACUGGUCCUCUGUGACCCAGGCAAUACCCAAUCCAGGUUCUCUGUUAAAGGGUGUUGAGAGAUCAGUGGACCUGUCCAGCCAUUUGAAUAUCGCGCAACUCCCAUUGGAGCUAGAGGACCAAUCUGCGAGCGAGGAACAGCGGGCGAGGUACCAAGAACUCCGAGAACGUCUCACUGACCUGGACCGUCUCCGGCUACAGCGACAACGGCGCCUCGAUCAAUUACGACAGCUACAGCGUUUACUCGAGCCGUUUCAGGAAGCCCAGAAAAAUAUCCAGCCUAAUCUGGUGACGCGGGAUGGAGAGCUGGUGCAAGAGUUGGAGAAGAUGAGGAUGCUGGUUGCGCGCGUUGGCGGCCGGGUUGAACAAGGGAAGAAGAAAAUGGGGGUCCAGGAGAAUGACAGCCCGUAUCUGGGGUGCGACCAGAAACUAGAUGCCUUAUUGGACAUGACAUGAUGACAAAUAAUGAGGGAGGGCCCGGCUAGAUCAUACUACAUUGAAGGAAGGAUGCCCGAAUAAAUCGAAUGCCUUGCCUAACACGCGGGACAUCGCGUCUACAUAGCCUGGGAAUAUGAGGAAGUGGCCCUGCCGAGAGAGGUCACACAGAUGCAUGGAAAGAUUGCACUGGAUAAUCAGUAGAUCCCAAUUUCUGCAUCUACUUGCCAGCUACUACCCAAGCAGCUAUAAUAAGUCAAGAUCCCAUGCGGUUGCCGCAUCAUUGAGAAGUUGCAAGGGAGAAGGCGAUUGCUUGCAGCUGCACCAUUCAUAGCAGGUGCCAGUGACAGGACGAAG